AUGCCUGCUGAGUCGGACAUACAAAAACUGAUCAGUAAACCAAAGGGAUGGAAAAGUUUUCUCAUCUUUGUCAUCCUCGCCCUCGCUUGGUUGAUCGGAUUCAGUUCCCGUAUGUUUUCGGUCAUCAGAUUCGAAAGUAUCAUUCAUGAAUUUGAUCCAUGGUUUAAUUACCGCGCCACUCAUUACAUGGUCCACAAUGGAUUCUACAACUUCCUUAACUGGUUCGAUGACCGUUCGUGGUACCCGCUGGGAAGAAUCGUCGGUGGCACCGUUUUCCCAGGUCUGAUGCUCACCUCCGGCGCCAUUUACAAUGUUCUUCAUUUUCUAAACAUACCAGUCCACAUCAGAGAGAUCUGCGUAUUCUUGGCACCGGUCUUCAGUGGACUAACAGCCAUUGCGACGUACUUUCUGACCAAAGAGCUAUGGUCUGCUGGUGCCGGGUUGUUCGCCGCAUGCUUUAUCGCUAUAGGUAUGGCAGAAUUUGGUUUAUGGUUAAACGUAUUCGUUUGCGAUCGUUGUUUAAAAUCUGUUCUUUAACC